AUGAGUCUACGACGGGCCUUUAUCCUCUGCCAGCUGUCCUUCAUCAUCUACACGAUACAUCCCGGCGGCGACGACGAGCUUCCGCCGCCAUACUCCCCAGAGCCCACCACCACCUCCAUCUCCUCGGUCCACCCCGACUCGCUCUUCGCAGCACACCUCGCUGCGAUGCGCCUCCAGAUCCGCGAACAGCAGACCGUCCGGGCCUCGCAGCAGGAACAGCGCGACAUGCACCUCCUAGCACUGCUAGUGCCUCACGUCGAGGACCUACUGGCCUCCGUGGCCACCGCCGACUCCCCGCAGCCGCUCGCCCAGGCCACGCUCAUCCCGGACGGCGCCUUGUCGUCCGGCUGGACGCCCACGGAGACGCAGGGUGGCCGCGUGGUCCGAGUUCAGACCUCCGCGGCCAAGGGGGACGCGAAGCAGCAGCCACCGCCCGCGACGAGGAGCGGAGGGAGCAGCAGGGCCGCCGAGUUUGACGGCUGGGGUCGCUGGGGAGAAGACGCCGCGGCGGCGGCUGGGGGUGACGAAGCGGAGCUGUUUUGGUGGAAGGAUGAGGAGCUGGCGGUACGGCUGGCCAGGCAUCUGCAGCCGGAACGCGACGCGGCGGCGGUGGUGGUGGUGGUGGACAGGCCGACUGUAAAGGCCAAGGCGGUAGAGGCGAAGAAGGGCAGGUCGCGAUGGAAUAUAUUCGGUGGUGGUCGCAGUGGGGAUAGCGCAACACCGACGACGACAGCGGCCUCGCCGGCGGCCUCCAGGCCUGCCGCGGUCCAGGUCGAGGACGACGUGGCGAUGCAUGUCACUGCCGAGGAGGUGACCUUUCGCCGGGAGAACGCGAUGGGCCUCUGGGAGAGCUGCUCGGGCUGGGGCGUCGUGGUGCGAGUCAGAAUCCGGACAUGA